AUGUCGGCGUACUUCCCUGUCUGUACGGCUCUGCUGUCCCUCCUCCUCGCUCCGGCACUCGGACAACUCGACCUGAACCGGCUGGACGGUGAUACCGUCUGCCCGCCGAUGAGAAGCGGACAAGAUGACCUUCCAGGUUUUGAUCUGAUCACCCAGUUCCAGCUGGACGUGAUCCCCCUGAAAGGUGUGAGGAAGGUGGACGGCUCCACCCCCCUCCAGGUGGCUUACCGCCUCGACAGGGAGGCCAACUUCCAAAUUCCAACCAUGCUAAACUUUCCUCGUGGCUUCCCGGACGAGUACUCCUUCAUGGCGACCUUCCGCAUGAUCAAGAACACGGUGAACAAGGUGUGGAACGUCUGGCAAGUAGUGGACGAAGACGGUAACAAACAAGCCGGACUGAGGCUGAAUGGCGACCAGCAGGCCCUGGAGUACUUCCUGAUGGGUGCCGACGGCAACCUGCAGACCGUCACCUUCCCCGGCCUCUCUGUGCUCUUCAACACCAAGUGGCACAAGGUGAUGAUCGGCGUGGAGCGUGACCAGGUCACUCUGUAUGUGGACUGCCAGCCCGUGGACCAGAAACCCAUCAAGGGCAAAGGCCCCAUCAACACAGAGGGAGACACUCUCAUUGGCAGGCUGGAUGCUGAUCCUGACGCCUCCGUAGUGUUCGAGCUCCAGUGGAUGUUGAUUCACUGCGACCCAAAGAGAGCCCAGAGAGAGAGCUGCAACGAGCUGCCGGCCACUGAGAUGUAUGCCAAUGCUGAGCCUGACAAAUCAGUCCAAGGGCCCCCAGGAGCCCCCGGUCCAGAGGGCCCCAGAGGGCCCUCAGGAGAAAAUGGCAGAGAUGGAAGAGAUGGUCUUCCAGGGUCUCCUGGCAGUCCGGGAUCACCUGGCAGCAAAGGGGAGCAGGGGGAGAUCGGUCUUCCUGGACAGAGAGGCCUGCCUGGUCUUCCAGGAGUUUCUGGUACUCCAGGCCCAAUGGGUCCCCGAGGGUCUGUAGGAGAGAGAGGUCUUCCUGGUUUUCCUGGACCCGCAGGUCCUCCUGGACCAGCGAGUGAAGGACCCGCUGGACCACCAGGGAAACCAGGAAUCCCAGGAGACGAAGGAAACAUCGGGCCUGAGGGUCCACCUGGACCCAGAGGGACCCCCGGCACGGCAGGACUUCCUGGUCCUCCUGGUCCACCAGGGCCUGUGGGACCGCCUGGUGCCAGCAAUGAGGGAAGUGGGGAAGCUUGUCCUGCCGCCUGCCCUGCUGGACCUCAGGGAAUGGCUGGACUGCCGGGGAUGAAGGGUCACAAAGGUUUGGCUGGUGAUCCUGGAAAAGAUGGAGUGCCCGGAGACAAGGGAGACGCAGGGACACCAGGUGCUCAGGGGCCACCGGGUCGCAUGGGAGAUGAUGGUCAAAGAGGGCCGAUUGGAUUCCCUGAGCCUGAGGGAGAGAAGGGAGACAGAGGUGCUCCUGGUUUCAAUGGCGUCCCAGGACCCACCGGCCCACCUGGAGCUCCUGGUGUGGAGGGAAUCCGUGGACGUCAGGGUCUGCAGGGGCCCAAGGGUGACGAUGGAGCUGUGGGACCUCAAGGAGAGCAAGGACCUCAGGGAGAGAAGGGAGAUGUGGGGGAGCCAGGUGCAGACGGCUUGGAUGGACUUCCUGGAACUGAUGGUGCUAAGGGAGAGCCUGGUACACCUGGAGCUGGCGGUGUCAGGGGGAUUGUGGGUAUUCCAGGCCUGCCGGGGAAGCAGGGAGUCGUCGGACCCCCUGGUGCAAAGGGUGAUAGUGGUGCUGAGGGACCCAUCGGGCCAGUUGGACUUCCUGGGAAAACUGGUGAGACUGGAAAAGAUGGAGAAGAUGGAAAAUCAGGAGUUAAAGGAGCAACUGGUGAAACAGGAAAACAGGGGCCGGUGGGGCCCGCAGGUCCCGCAGGCAUCCAGGGUGAUAAAGGAGAUAAAGGUGACACCGGUGCCAAAGGAUUCAAGGGUCACACUGGACACAAAGGUGAUCAGGGACCAAUGGGACCAAUGGGACCAAAAGGAAGUCUGGGCGACACGGGAAUGGCGGGAGAUCCCGGCGUGAAGGGAGACCAGGGUCCUCCUGGUGUUACUGGACUCAAAGGAGAGCGUGGAGACAAGGGCUCAAGAGGAGCAGCGGGCAUCGAUGGCAGACCGGGCCAGACGGGACACGAGGGUUUGGCCGGGCCGAUGGGAGCUCGAGGGCUGGAGGGAGAACCAGGCCUUCCCGGAGCGCCAGGUCCCAGAGGUCUACCUGGCCCGAAAGUGAGUGACGAGCAGCUUCGGGAAAUGUGCUCAGCCGUUGUGGAAGAACAAUUAGCAGCGUUAAAGAAAGAGCUGCUGAAGAUGCCAGCAGCCCUUGGUGCCCCUGGCACCCCUGGACCGGCAGGACCUCCUGGCCCCCCUGGAGCAGCUGGAGCAGCAGGAGCAACAGGAGCUCCAGGGCUGAUGGGACCCAAAGGCCCACCGGGCUUCUUCGGACUUCCAGGCGGACCGGGCAAGAAAGGUGAUGCUGGGGAAAAGGGAGACAAGGGAGACAAGGGAGAGGACGGCGUAGGUGUCAAAGGAAGCCCAGGUGCACCCGGUGCACCAGGUGAACCAGGCGCCCCGGGUAUUGGCAAAGACGGCAAAAAUGGCGAACGUGGUGACGCAGGAAAUCCCGGUAUCCCAGGAGCAGCCGGUCCAAGGGGACCCUCAGGACCACCGGGCCUUUGUGACCCAUCAACCUGUAUAGGCCGAAUCCCACCUCUCUACAUGGUCAGCGGAAAGAAAUCCGCCAGCUACAAGAACCCGUGA